AUGGAUCCUGGAGAUGUAUUGGCAGUUAGGUUUCAUCUUGGGGGAAGGUUUGAUUACGAUGGUUACAACGUCAUCUACAUAGGUGAAACAUCUGUUAGAUCAUCUCACUUGGAUAGGGAUAAGAUAUCUUUGCCUGAAGUUAGGGGAUUUUUGUCAGAUCAUGUGACACUUGGCAAAGAUAAUGAUGUCCAACUUCACAGGCUUUAUCAUGGACAAGAUCUAAACAGUGGUUUGAGGACUCUAAAUGAUGACAAGAUAUGCCAGUUCAUGUCUGAUUGCAUUACAGAUGAUAGUGUUGCUGAAAUUUAUGUGGAGAUUCGCAAGAGUUAUGGAGGAGACAACUCAGAAGGAUUUGACCCUGAUGAGGAGGAAGCUGAUACAGAAUCUGAUGAAGAAUAUGUGGAUGGUGACAGUUCAGAUGUUGAUGAAGAGGCAGAUGAGUUUAGGACAGUUGCUAGGAAUCAAAGGUCUAACCCUGCAGCCACUAAAGAAUUACUGUUGGAGAUGGAAGAGGUUGCAGCUGAAGUAAAUGCAUUGCAGGAUGACAAUGAUGAUGAAGCCCCCAUGAUAAAUUCAAGUGAUGAGUACAGUUAUGAAGAAGAUGAUGAGGGUGAGGCAAUUAGAAGGAAGAGCAGGUUUCCAAAAUUUGAUAGUGAUGCAGCUUGUCCCACUUUUUCUCUUGGUAUGAUCUUUGCUGGGAGGGUGCAAUUCAAGGAUGCUCUCAUCAAGUAUGGUUUGGCUACUAGGAGACACCUCAAUUUCCCAAAGGAUAAGAAGGAUAGGAUCAGAUGUAAAUGUUCAUGGAAGGGUUGCCCAUGGAUGAUUUUUGCUUCUAAAGACAAAAAUCACUUUAAGGUGAAGACAUUCAAUGAUGUUCACCAGUGCCCACAGAGAAGGGACAACAGAUUGGUGACAGCACCUAGAAUAGCUGAUAGAUUUGAGAACAUCAUUAGGGCCAAUCCAUCAUGGAGGCUUCUCAAUAUCAAGGAGACUGUGUUCCUUGAGAUGGGUGCGGAAGUUUCUUUGUCCAAGAUUAAGAGAGCAAAGUCAAUUGUCAUGAGAAGGAUAUAUGGGUCAUGCAAAGGAGAGUAUGCCAAGGUCUUUCAGUAUCAAGCAGAGAUACUUUGGACAAACCUAGGUAGCACGGUUGCAGUGUGCUUGGAACCUGAGUAUGUUUUCCAUGUGUUUCAGAGAAUAUAUGUUUGCUUUGAUGCUUGCAAGAAAGGUUUUAUUGCUGGAUGCAGAAAAGUUAUUGGAGUGGAUGGGUGCUUCUUCAAGGGAGCUUGCAAUGGUGAACUUAUAUGUGCUAUUGGAAGAGAUGCAAAUAAUCAGAUAUAUCCAGUAGCUUGGGCAGUGGUGGAGAAGGAGACUGAAGACUCUUGGUCUUGGUUCUUUGGUCUUCUGCAAAAGGAUCUGAACAUCCCCAUUGGUGGCAAGGGCUGGGUUAUAAUCUCUGAUCAACAAAAGGGUUUGCUUAAUGCAGUUGCUAAAUACUUUCCAGAAUGUGAACAUAGAAUGUGCACAAGGCACAUUUAUGCAAAUUGGAGGAAGACCUAUAGGAAGACUGAUUACCAAAAGCCCUUUUGGAUGUGUGCCAAAGCUUCUAAUUUGCAAUUUUUCAACUAUUGCAAGGCAAAGUUAGCCCAAUUAACAGCUGCUGGUGCUAAAGAUAUGAUGAAUACAAACCCCAAACAUUAUGUGAGGACCAAAGUUUAUGUGAGGAUACAACAAAAUAAAGCAAAGUCAGCCAAAUGGAACUCAAGGAUAUGUCCAAAUAUUAUGAAGAAAUUGAACAAGUAUAUUAACCUUGCUCAGCACUGCACUGCAAUAUGGAAUGGGAAAGAUGGAUAUGAGGUCAAAGACAAGGACAGGAGGUACACAGUUGAUAUUGGCUCAAAGACUUGUUCUUGCAGGUAUUGGCAGCUGUCUGGCAUUCCUUGUCAUCAUGCCGUCACUGCAAUAUACUUGAACAGUCUGCCACUAGAGGACUACAUAGCUGAUUGUUACUCAGUAGUGGAGUACAAUAAGAUCUAUGAUCAUUGCAUGCUGCCAAUGGAAGGAAUGGACCAGUGGCCGACUGACCCUAGGCAACCUCAGCCUCCAGCAUAUGUGAAGAUGCCCGGGAGGCCAAGAAAAGAGAGGAGGAGAGAACCUGGUGAGUCCAAGAAGGUACUUGAGAGCAGCAGGCCCCUUAAGAAGGCAAGGACAAAUGGAGGCACCCAAGGUAGUAGUCAGGCAUCUGAAUUAUCUCAAGUGCAAUCCCAGACAACCUCAACACCAGUGAAGAGGAAGGCACAGGUUGCAGCCAAAGCAAGAUUGAGGAAAGCUUCAACUAGAGAGUGA